AUGGAAAAAGUGUCACUCGAAACACAAAACCCGCUCCGGCAAAAUGCUCCAAGCCCCCCAUACCCCGAUACAUACAAAGAAGUCGCAGCGUCAUACCCACCUCGACCAACCAUCGAACAGAGCAUGAACUCGGACUGCACCCUGCAAGUCAAUGACCGGGACUGCACUCUAGAGUUCAGCGACCGAGACUGCAACCUGGAACUCAAUCAAUAUGCCGACGACAAACAUACAGACAAGCAGGCCGAGGCCGGAGUCGGAGUCGGAGCCGGAUCUGCAGAUGGAAACCGGGCAGAUGCGAGUGGACGACAGUCUGCAGCAGACGGGAAACAAGACCCGGAAUCGCAUUCUGUGACAGGGACGGUCAGGCGUCAUAGGGCUCGUCGGCGGGAGUGGGUUAUCCUUGGUUCGGCUCUUGGGGCUGUUGUUCUUCUUGUUGUUAUUAUUGUCCCUUCUGCAAUCUUUGGGACUCGUCAGUCUAGGCCGCAGUAUACGCCGCCCACGAAUCCAUAUAUUUCAUGA